AAGGAAUAAAACCUCGCAGGUGCAAGAUAGCAGUAUCGACUAUCGUCCCCUCAGCAGUCAGCAUACACCUGCUGUUACCAAAUUAUCGCAGGAGGACAAUCGCUUGGCAUUGAGGAACGAUGCAGGCUGUAACGAGGCGAUUAGGGCACCAAUAUCUCAAACCUUCACAUUCAGUUUCAGCUUUCAAGUCUUUCGAUCUCCUCUCCGAUUACUAUGGAAUUGAUACUCCACGAUAUGCAUCUACGCUCACAGCCUCUAAAGGUGUUGGGCAUCUGGUCCGGAAAGGAACUGGCGGUAGAUCGUCUGUUAGUGGAAUUGUUGCUACCGUUUUUGGUGCUACUGGGUUUCUUGGGCGGUAUCUUGUGCAGCAGCUUGCUAAAAUGGGUUCUCAAGUUUUGGUACCUUUCCGAGGAUCUGAGGACUGUCAUCGUCAUCUCAAGUUAAUGGGCGAUUUGGGUCAGAUUGUUCCAAUGAAAUACAACCCUAGAGAUGAGAGUUCAGUUAAAGCAGUGGUGGCAAAGGCUAAUGUUGUAAUCAAUCUUAUUGGGAGGGAAUAUGAGACAAGGAAUUAUAGCUUUGAGGAAGUGAACCACUAUAUGGCUGAACAGCUUGCAGCAAUUUCAAAAGAACACGGUGGAAUCAUGAGAUUUAUACAGGUUUCGUGUUUGGGGGCAUCUCCAACAUCUCCCUCCAGAAUGCGCAGAGCGAAAGCUAUAGCUGAACAAGCUGUUUUAAGAGAAAUUCCAGAGGCAACAAUAUUGAAACCUGCUGUGAUGAUUGGUACUGAGGAUAGGAUUUUGAAUCCAUGGGCACAAUUUGCAAAAAAUUAUGGCUUCCUGCCACUUAUUGGAGGUGGUACUACAAAGAUUCAACCAGUAUAUGUUGCUGAUGUUGCCUCUGCAAUUAUUGCUUCAUUGAAAGACGAUGGUACCAGCAUGGGAAACGUUUAUGAACUUGGUGGACCAGAGAUUUACACAGUGCACCAAUUGGCUGAGCUUAUGUACGACAUGAUCCGUGAAUGGCCUCGCUAUGUGAAGGUUCCUUUCCCAAUUGCUAAGGCAAUCGCAACACCUCGAGAGCUACUGCUCAAGAAAGUUCCCUUUCCACUGCCAACUCCAUCAAUAUUUAAUUUGGAUGUGAUUGAGGCCCUUACCACUGAUACAAUUGUGUCAGAAAAUGCUUUAACAUUUGAAGAUCUUGGAAUUGUCCCACACAAACUGAAGGGAUAUCCAGUUGAGUAUCUUAUCCAAUACCGUAAAGGUGGACCACAAUAUGGCUCUACAGUUAGUGAAAAAAUAUCUCCCGAUUCCUAUCCAUGAGGUUGUUUGGAUAUUCAGUUUGAACACAAUUGUCAUUGUGAGAACAGCAACCUGAUGUCUGUAUAUUGUUGAGAAGAUUUCUGUUAUUCUGGAAAAGACAGGUGGUUUUAUUGGUUGGUUUUCAAACCAAAAUUAAGGACACAUUCAGAGGAUCAGAUGUGUUUGUUCCCUUGUCUCUUUUAUUUCUUUGGCUACUUAUUCUUUGAUUUACAGGAAAGCCUGUAGCUGUUACCUACACUUUGGGUCAAUGAAUCUUAUGCCAUAAAUAUCUCAAAAGAGAAGCCGAAGUGAAGUUUCUUUUACGGGCAUAUUAUUAAUAUUUGCUAUCAGAAACUCUGAAAAGAAUGCCAAUAUAUGCCAGGGUAUUUAGAAGAAUUUGACUUGAGUACAGGGUCAAUAAUGACCAAUCGAGAAUCCUUCACCAUCUCGACAGGACUACGACAAUGGUGGAGUAAAUCAUUGUUUAUGAAAGGGUUCUGUUGAAGGAUUUAUAUUAUAAUUUUUUUUUUGACAUGGAGUAAAUGCUAAUGUUUGUACUGGACAAACAUAAAACCAACCGAUUGGUUUUCAUGAUAGAGAAGUGUUGAAAACAAAA